AAGAUUAAUACUGUUCGAGUGUUGAUGUCUCUAGCAGCUAAUCUAGAUUGGCCCUUGCAACAGUUUGAUGUGAAGAAUGCCUUUUUACAUGGAGAGCUAUCUGAAGAAGUCUAUAUGGAUCUACCACCAGGAUAUGAGGCAAGCACAGGAUGUAGAUUUGUCUGUAAGUUAAAUAAGUCCUUGUAUGGACUCAAACAAUCACCACGAGCUUGGUUUGGAAGAUUCUCUCAAGCUAUGCGUCGUUUUGGGUACAAGCAGAGCAACUCUGACCAUACAUUGUUUCUGAAACGCUGUGAAGGUAAAUUAACUGCCUUGAUUAUUUAUGUUGAUGAUAUGAUAAUUACUGGUGAUAAUUCAGAGGAGGUUGAAAGAUUAAAAGAUCUGCUUGCAUCAGAGUUUGAGAUGAAAGAUCUUGGUUCUCUUAAAUAUUUUUUGGGGAUUGAGGUCGCCAGGGGGAGUUCAGGAAUUUUCUUAUGCCAGAGAAAAUAUGUGCUUGAUUUGUUGACAGAGACAGGAAUGCUAGGGUGUAGACCUGCUGAUACUCCUAUUGAGCAAAAUCAUAAACUGGCUGAGUACCCUAAUCAAACUCUUACAAAGAAGGCUCGCUAUCAGAGGUUAGUUGGUAGAUUAAUCUAUCUCUCACAUACUCGGCCAGACAUUGCAUAUGCAGUUAGUGUUGUGAGUCAAUUCAUGCAUAAUCCAAGUGAAACUCAUAUGGAAGCUGUGAUCCGUAUUCUGAGGUAUUUAAAGUCUGCACCUGGAAAAGGAUUGAUGUUUUCAAAGCAUAGUCAUCUGGAUAUUAGUGGUUAUACAGAUGCAGACUGGGCAGGUUGUGUUACGGAUAGAAAAUCCACUUCUGGUUACUUCACUUUUGUAGGUGGUAAUCUUGUUACUUGGAGGAGUAAGAAACAAAAGGUUGUGAUUGACCGUUUUUCCAAUUUAGCUCUCUCUCUUAAUCUUUCGAACAAUAACUUCGAAGGACAGUUGCCUGCAAGCAUUGGAAAGCUGGUAUCUGUACUGGCAAUUGACUUGUCUGACAACCAGUUUUCUGGUUCCAUACCUACAUUGAUGGGAAGCUGCAUAUCUUUGGCAUAUCUAAACAUGUGCAACCAAGGUAUUAAAAAGCGCGCCUCAGGCGCGCCUUGA